GAGGAGGGCGAGGAGGGGGCGGAGCGCUGCGUGACACUUCGACUGACAGACGUUCGGUCCGCCCCCGUGCGUCUGACGUCAUCGACGUCGAACGGGACUGUUUGUUCUGGAUUUGGGGCGAGGAAGGUCUGCGAGCGCUGACACCCGACUGAAGAAGGUGUGACGCUCGGCUCUCUGUCCCUGUGUUGUGGUGUCACUGACAGACAUCCCGAGUUACCUCAGGAAACUGUCGCCUCACCACCUAAGAUAUGAUCACACAGUUGGAUUAGACCAUAGCUGCAAGGCAACAAACAUAGAGUCGUGUGAGGAGUGUAAUGGCCUGAGGGUGGUCCCCCCGGUCCCACCUGCCCCUGCCAGGUCCAAUCUGCCUAAACUGUCUGCUCAGCUACUGCAACCCACCACAGCAAUGGGAGACGGACUGGAUGCAGGCAGCAGCCAGAACCCUCCCUCUGCCCCACCACCUCUCCCCUUCAACCCUCCACCCCCGGAAACAUGGAACCCCUCCAGACCCAAGCGACAGACCAACCAGCUGCAGUACCUGCUUAAAGUGGUGUUGAAGACAUUAUGGAAACACCACUUUGCAUGGCCCUUCCAAGCUCCUGUAGAUGCCAUCAAACUGAAUUUGCCUGACUACUAUAAGAUCAUAAAGAUUCCUAUGGACAUGGGCACAAUAAAGAAACGCCUGGAGAACAACUACUACUGGAAUGCCCAGGAGUGUAUACAGGACUUCAACACAAUGUUCACAAACUGCUACAUCUACAACAAGCCUGGGGAUGAUAUUGUCCUUAUGGCAGAGGCCUUGGAAAAGCUCUUUCUUCAGAAGAUUACAGAGAUGCCACAGGAGGAGACAGAGAUUGCUGUGGUUUCCAAGGGACGCAGAGGGGGCCGGCGGGAGACGGGUUUGAUCACAAAGUCAGAUUCAGGCCAGGACUCAUCUUCCCCUUCCACCACCCCACAUACACGAGGCUUUUCAUCCCCAUCAACCACCCCUCAGACCCGUGCUGCACCCGCCCCUCAAAUUCCCCCUGUCCUGCCCCUGACCCAGCCUCUGGUCCAGCCUCUGUCCCAGCCUCUGGUUCAGCCUCUGGUUCAGCCUCUGGUCCAGCCUCUAGUCCAGCCUCUGGUCCAGCCUCUGGUCCAGCCUCUGGUCCAACCUCUGGUCCAGCCUCAGCCCCCUCGUGUGCCUCCCACACCCACCAAUCAUGCAUCCCAUCUGGGAUCCCAAUUCCCUCUCUCAACUCCAGACGUCCUGGCCCAAGGCAUGACCUCUGUCCCCCCCCCAGCCGUGACACACCCAGGCCUCCAUCCAGCCCCCAUGCUGCAGAGCUCCCCUGCCCUCAUCAAGCAAAGGAAAAGCCAGAAGAGGAAAGCUGAUACGACAACACCCACAGCCAACGACCAGCUCAGUGAAUCAUCUCCAGUCUCUGCUGAGACUCGACCACGCCGAGAGAGCAGUCGCCCAUCAAAGCAACCCAGAAGAGAGACGUCACAGCCGGACUCUCAGCAUCACCUGGGAGGAGGUUUGGAGACGGGCGGGACAGCAACGCCGACACGUCAGGAGCAGCUGCGUUCCUGUGCACGCCUCGUCAGGGAGAUGCUGUCUAAGAAACAUGUAUCAUAUGCCUGGCCUUUUUACAAACCUGUUGAUGUAAGAGCUCUUGGCCUCCAUGACUACCAUGACAUCAUCAAGCACCCCAUGGAUCUCAGCACCAUCAAGAAAAAGCUGGACAACAGACAGUACAGAGACGCUCAAGAAUUUGCUGCAGACGUCAGGUUGAUGUUCUCCAACUGUUACAAGUACAAUCCUCCAGACCAUGAUGUGGUUGGCAUGGCGCGCAAAUUACAGGACGUGUUUGAGAUGCGUUUCGCCAAAAUGCCUGAUGAGCCAGAGGAGCCUGCCCCUGUUCCCACCCCAUCGUCGGCCCUCCACCCUGCCCCCUCCACUCGACAAGCCCCGCCUCCUUCCGCUGUCUCGGAAGACGACAGCUCUAGUUCCUCCGAAUCGGAGUCCUCAGGAGGAGACUCAGAACAAGAAAGGCAGCAUCGAUUGGCUGAGUUACAGGAACAGCUUAAAGCUGUCCAUGAGCAGCUCGCAGCACUCUCCCAGCCACAGGCCAGCAAGCCCAAGAAGAAAGAGAGGGAGAAGAAGGAGAAGAAGAAAGAAAAGCACAAAAAGAAGAUGGGAGCAGAGGAACCUGUGGAGACCCCUCCCCUUGUGAUGCUUCAGACGUCGAAGAAGAGCAAGAGCAGCAAGGAACCUAUCACUGCGAAGAAGGAGAAGAAAAAGCCCGGUAAGAAAGAAGGAAUUAAAAACAGCCGGCCAGCUGUGCCCCCUCAGCCCGGGCCAACCCCUCUUGUCCCCUCAGCUUCUCUCGAAGCAGAGGAUGACAUAGAUAUAUUCGGAGGUGUGUCUGCUGAUAGAGGCAAGCCAAUGUCAUACGAGGAGAAACGCCAGCUGAGUCUGGACAUCAACAAGUUGCCUGGUGAAAAACUGGGCCGAGUUGUGCACAUAAUCCAGACGCGUGAGCCUUCGCUGAAGAACUCAAACCCUGAUGAGAUUGAGAUUGACUUUGAGACACUGAAGCCCUCCACGCUGAGAGAGCUGGAGAAAUACGUGUCCAGCUGCCUCCGGAAGAAGAAAAAACCAUCAGCUGCAGAGAAACCUCUGGAAAUGACAAAUGUGACAAAGAUGAAGACGGGAUCCUCAUCUUCAGGCAGCAGUGAUUCCUCUGAUAGUGAAGACUCUGAGAAUGGGCUGGUUCCCAAGCAGAAGAAGAACUCGACUAACAAGGACACCAAGAGACCGCACCACCAGUCCCUCAGUGGAGUCGUCCCAAUCCCUCCUCAGCCUCACACUCAGCCUCAGGUGGUUCAGAAACCACCACCAUUUGUCCCCCCUCCCUCUGUCCCUGCUCUGGACUCCCAGAUGUUGACACCAGGAUUUGAUCCUCUGGCUCACUUCAUGAACUCUCACCUCACUCAGUCAAACACAGAGCCCAAUGCAACCAUUACUACUGCUGGUGCCCCCGUUGCCUCUGGCCUCCUUAAUGCAAACGCCCCCACCAGCCAGACGCCCACUGAGACGCACCCCUUCCUGAACCAACAUCCCAUCAUACCUUCCCCAGCGAUCCACAAUGCUCUUCCCCAGCAACCAUCGAGACCUAGCAACCGUGCAGCACCGCUUCCGCCCAAACCCCCGCAGCCUCCCCCAUCCUCGCUCCCCUCCAUGCCUCCAUCCUCCUCACCUCAGCUCCAGCCCUCCCUUCCCCUCACCCUCCCACAGCCCGUCCCCCGCCCUCGCGUCCCUUCGCCAACGUCGCACGGCAUCCUGGGAACCCUCUCAGCGCAGCCUCCCCAAGCUCUGCUGGAGGACGACGAAGAGCCGACACCCACCAGUUCCGACACCCCGCCGCUCAGUCAGGUCCACACCCUCCUGCAGUCGCUUCAGGCCAGGCCCACCACGCAGACGCAGCCGCUGCACACGCAUUCACCUGUGCAGGUAGCCUCUCAGCUGGCCUCGUCAAUGCACGCACAGGUUAUGACGACAGCCGCCUCGGCGCUGACGCAGAGACACAGCUCAGGCCACGCGCACCUGCAGCAGCAGUUCGCACAUACGCACACAUCGACGUCGCAGCAACAAAAGGGCGUGGUCCUACAGCAGAAGGUACAACAGUUGCAGCAGCAUCAACAGCAGCCAUCACCACGAAGCAAAGCAGAGCCUUUCUCAACAGGUUGCCUGCGAGAGAGCACGUCUCCGCUGAUGAUUCAUUCUCCUCAGAUCCCUCAGUUCCAUACAAUGGGACAGCAGUCACCCUCACAGACCAAGAAGCAUGAGCAGAGGUCCAACCUGGUAGGGGUGAAAGAAGAAAAGCCUUCUCAGUCACCAGUACUGCCCCCCUCACCCUUCAGCCCUGCCAUUCGUCAAGACACACACAAACCCGACAACAAACACAGAUUAGAUCUGAAGCCAUUGGAUGGUUCUCGCCCAAUUCCUCGCCUCCCAGACUCCCCAGCACCGCCAUGCUCCCAACAGGAUAACAAAAUCAAGCAAGAACCCAAAACUCCCAUUGCUCCUAAGAAGACGCAGUUAAAGAACAUGGGUUCUUGGGCCAGCUUGGCUCAGAGGUCUCAGUCCACGCCAGCCUCCUCAGUGCGUUCUUCCAGCGACAGCUUCGAGCAGUUCAAACGGGCGGCCAGGGAGAAGGAGGAGAGAGAGAGACAGCUGAAAGCCCAGGCGGAGCAGGCCAGGAGAGAGCAAGAGAAACUACGCCGUGACGACGAAGACACAAUGGAGCAGGCUAGACGAGCGCAAGAAGACGUCCGCCGUCGCCAAGAGCAACAGUCGCCACUUGCUCCAACACCUCCAGCUUCGACUCCGCCCACUCACUCUCCACAGGCUCCACCCCCACAGCCACAAGCCCUGCCCCCACCCAGCUCAGCCGCGCAGAACGCUCUCGACCAGCAGAGGGAGAUGGCACGCCGCCGCGAGCAGGAGCGGCGGAGGAGAGAGGCGAUGGCCGACACCAUUGACAUCAAUUUCCAGAGCGACCUGAUGGCAAUUUUUGAAGAGAAUCUGUUCUGAGAGGAAAAAGACGUUAAUGGCGUGAGAGAAGGACACACAUAAGCAAAUUUAGGAAAUGCAUAUAAAUAACAAAGCUCUGAUACACAUGGUCACCCUCACACACACCCACAUACACAGACUUACUAGUAACUGUCCCUUUCUCUCAGUAGUUGAAACAGCUGGCUUGUGUCAUGUGAAUGAGAGAGGGGGGAAAGUGAAAAUGAAACCCUCUUUUCCUCCAGCCUCAGAUACAUUUUGGUGUCUGGCUCGGUCGAAUACAGACACACAGUCGACUUCCUUGAGGAAACGAAAUAAUGGAGACAGAACUUUUACAUAAAAAAAUAAUAAUGUGGAAGAGCAGGAUUUAAUUUAAGAAAAUAAGUGAAAAAUAAGAAAAUCUCGAUCUCUAGUGUGCUAUAAGAGAGACGAGGGUUUACAAGGAACGGGUGAACAAAUCGCAAACGGACAGAUCACUUUGCUUUUAUUCUUCCUCUCUCCUAACCUCGCCUCCCUGGUAUUUUAUUCUAAGUUGGAUUUUAACCGAGAGGGUUGGACCGGCGUGGUCGAGUUUGUCAGGUUCAGCCGUCAUCUGAGAGUCUGUUGUUUUCUCAGGACACAGUCGGAACGAAACACCCUGGCCACUUUCGCACACUUUUCUAAGACCUCCUUCCUCCCUUCACUUCCUUCUACUUGUCUCUCUUCGGUCACAAAUCUAAGAGGUGGAGGCUUCAGCCUGUGUGAGAAAGGAGUGAUGGCAUUUUAAAAGUUUCGGAGUGUGUCCUUUGCCUUAGUGCUCUGGCCUGUAAACUAAUGAUCACACCCUGCAAAUUAUACAUAUUAUAUAUAAAUAGAUACAUGAAUAUAUAUUAUAUACGACAAAAUGUCAAUGAAAAAGAACAUGAGAGGGAUUUGGAUUGUGGGGAGCAAAGCUCGUCUCUGUGUUGAUCUCUGGUUUUGAUUUUGUAGAAUUUACUGUAAAGAAGAAGAAAACUUUUUUAUGAUUCUAUUGAGAGGAUUGUUUCGUCUGUCUUAUUCUCUCUCACACCUUUUCUGUUUUAUUUUUUUCUCAACUCUAUGCCAAAACCAAUCUAUUGAGUGCUGAAAGUUCAUUCACAUUUUUUUACAUGUAAAAUGCAUCUUCUUUUCACUUUAUAUUAAAGGCUGUGUUUUUAUUGCUAUUUAAUUUUCCUUUAUCCCCUUUUAAAUCCGAAGUUAUGCAGCAGUUUGUAAUAGUUUGAAGAAGCGGUUUCAGAAUCAGUUUAUGUGACUACUUUACUAGGCCCCAUCAUUCUGUAGUUGUUCCAUAAAUGUGCACUUACAUGUGAAUUACUUACAUCUUCAUUUUUUCAUUAUUUCUUUUCAUCAUGUACAUGUUUUUAGCCUGUCUUAGCCGUCUCGUCUACCACUAUCUUCUUCACAGCUUCUGCAGUCUGUAUAAUAGGUUCUCGUUUCUGAAUCUGUCUUUUAGUUUUUAUUUUUGAAAUGCUUUCAUCGUCCAAGGUAACAGUUUUUUGGGAUGUUGUGUGCCAUUGUGUGUUUUUUUUGGAAGCGGGAGCCUUUCCCAGUUUCUAUAGCUUGGCCCAGAGAUCCGUGAGUGUUUUCAAUUCUAUAAUCACUUUUUUUUUUUUAAACGUUUCAUUCAUUUCUUUUCCCUUUUCAUAUUUGAUUGUUUUGAGUUUAUUUUCUUUCCUUUUUCCUUUUGCUAUUUUUCUUUGAUUUAUUUUGCCCAGAACAAUGUGUUGGUAUGUUGGUGAGUGAGGCAGUGAGGUCAAUAGAUUCAUCUUGUUCAGAUUAUGGAGUACAACAUCUUUUUUAAGAAAAAUAUUAAAAUAAUAUUUAAAAAAACA